GCCGGGACGAGGAGGGUGGGCGGCGCCAUGGGCUCGGGCUGGAGCAGCGAGGAGGAGCGGCAGCCACUGCUAGGGCCCGCUCUCGGGCCUGGGCCGGGGUCCGCACGGAGGAGCCGGGAAGCGGCGGCGGCACUGCCCGCGGCGGGCCUGGGCCCCGGGCGAGUAUACGGGCGCCGAUGGCUCGUCCUGCUGCUCUUCUCGCUGCUGGCGUUCGCGCAGGGCCUGGUCUGGAACACCUGGGGCCCCAUCCAGAACUCGGCGCGCCAGGCCUAUGGCUUCUCCAGCUGGGACAUCGCGCUGCUGGUGCUGUGGGGGCCCAUAGGCUUCCUGCCCUGCUUCGCGUUCAUGUGGCUCCUUGACAAGAGAGGUCUGCGGGUAACUGUGCUUCUGACAUCCUUCCUUAUGGUUUUGGGUACUGGUCUGAGAUGCAUACCUGUAUCAGACUUAAUGCUUAGAAGAAGAUUAAUUCAUGGAGGACAGAUGGUAAAUGGAUUGGCGGGUCCAACUGUAAUGAACGCAGCACCAUUCCUCUCUACAACAUGGUUUUCUGCAGACGAACGGGCCACAGCCACUGCAAUUGCAUCUAUGCUCAGUUACCUUGGUGGAGCGUGUGCAUUUUUGGUUGGGCCACUUGUUGUUCCCGCUCCCAAUGGGACAUCGCCCCUCCUUGCUGCAGAGAGUAGCAGGGCUCACAUUAAAGAUCGCAUCGAGACUGUGCUGUACGCAGAAUUUGGAGUUGUCUGCUUAAUAUUCUCUGCAACACUAGCUUAUUUCCCACCCCGGCCUCCUCUUCCUCCCAGUGUUGCUGCAGCUAGCCAGCGGCUAAGCUACCGGCGCAGCUUUUGCAGAUUAUUGAGCAAUUUGAGAUUUUUGAUGAUUGCUUUAGCAUAUGCUAUACCACUUGGUGUGUUUGCUGGCUGGUCUGGAGUUCUCGACUUAAUUUUAACACCAGUGCAUGUCAGUCAAGUAGAUGCUGGCUGGAUUGGAUUUUGGUCCAUAGUUGGAGGCUGUGUUGUUGGAAUAGCUAUGGCAAGGUUUGCAGAUUUUAUCCGGGGUAUGCUGAAGCUGAUCCUCCUCCUCCUGUUCUCUGGGGCUACGCUGUCAUCCACAUGGUUCACCCUGACCUGUCUGAACAGCAUCACACACCUGCCUUUGACCACAGUGACAUUAUACGCCUCCUGUAUUCUCCUGGGAGUGUUCUUGAAUAGCAGUGUACCUAUAUUUUUUGAGCUUUUUGUGGAAACUGUCUACCCAGUUCCAGAAGGAAUUACUUGUGGAGUUGUCACUUUUUUAAGUAAUAUGUUCAUGGGAGUACUUUUAUUUUUUCUCACAUUUUAUCAUACAGAGUUGUCUUGGUUCAACUGGUGCCUUCCUGGGUCAUGUUUGCUUAGUCUCCUCCUCAUUCUGUGCUUCAGGGAAUCCUAUGACAGACUGUAUCUUGAUGUGGUUGUCUCAGUGUAAUACCACAGACUUGAAGGAGUUUAAAAGGAGACUGGAAAUCAAUACUGCACACUGCACAUUUGCUUGGAGUUGCACAUCUAACAGAAAACAAAAAGGAGAAGAAAGAAACUUCAUCCAGAGGUUUUGUUAGGUUACAGGUUAUCACAUUAAUUUAAUUACUACUAGUAAUAAUGCAAGACUUACUUGUGUGGUAAUAGGGAAUUUUAAAAUUCUACAAUUGGUGGACCUGUGCCUGAUUCCAGGGGCUGGAAGUCUGAUGUCUUACAUGUGAAGCGCUACCUACCAUAGGUAAUCCCCUCUGUGUUCUGUGCCAGUGCUAAACUACUGAGCCACAGUAAUUAGGAAAAGAAAGGGCAUUUGUCACAUGAAGAUAACUCCUCCUGAAGUCACACAACAGAAUAGGAAGAAAUGCCACUAACUUCUAAGGAAGUUCAAACCCUAUAUUGUAUCAGAUUUUAAUUGCAAAAUAGCCAAGUGAUAUACCGAUGAUAGAAAUUAGCCACAUGUACACUACAUGUUUUUCUAAUAAAGCCAUUUCUUAUACGAGUCCUUAUUUUUAAUCAGGUCAGAACCCUCUGGCCUCCUUGUUAUGGUGAUGAGUGCUUUCCAGAGACUUCAGAACUUAGGUGCCUUGUGUGCAUCUCAGCUUGCCCUUGUUUCUGUGAAUACAGUUUCAUCUAGGAAGCCCUUAGAUGAUUGUAGCAAGGGUGACUAAAUGUUUAAUAGUCACACUAAUUAUUGUGUGAGGAGUGUAAUCCUGUUAUGAUUUGGCACUUUGUUAAAAGAAAUAACCACGUAGCAUGUUUGUCUUCAACCUACACAAGGUGGCAGGAGUUGUAAAGCCCAGCACUAUUACUUACUAGGAUUAGAUUUUAUUAAAUGACACUUGUUUGAACAAUUGAGAACACUGAAACUUUCAAAACUUUAUACGUGAUUUGUGAGUUGUAGCCUUGUAUCUGAGUUUAGGAUGUAAAAUACCCAAUUCUGUUUGAAUUCAGGGUAUUUGACAGGGCAGCAUUUUGCCAGUACCUGUUUUCCUUCUAUGAAUGAUAUUUUUAAAACUAAGAGUUCUUCUUUGUUUUGUUUUUUUUGUUACCAGGGAUAGAACUCGGGUCCUUGCGCUUGUGCAGCAGGCGGCGAAACCACUGAGCUAAAUUCUUGGCUCAAGAGUUCCUCUUUGAAGGGUCUCAGACAUACAUUGCACCAUGACAGGAAGGGCACUGCAGUGCGAGUGUAAUAUUCCCCCAAAAGAUCAAGAGUAACAUUUUACCUUGAUCAUUCUCUGCUUCUUCCAGCCCCUCUUGUUUUUUCCUCUCUUGAAAUUGUAACUCGUUGUCAGCCAGGUAUGUAUUUUCUUUGCCUUGUCCUGGUCCAAGGGGGAAAGCAAAGUAAAGGAGAGGAGGAAAGUGCUCAUGUCCGCUGUCGCUGCGCAUGCGCUCACCCAAACCCCACCCCAGCACCUUCUGGUUCUUUAGCAAGCUCAUGGCUGUGCUCAUGGCUGGAAGGUUCCAGGACUCCCUGGCAUUUUCUAAGACCUUUCUUUCCAAUUGUGAAACUUGGAAUGUAUGAAAACCCACGAAUAUAACACUCAACUUCAGUCACCUUUGAACCAUCUCCCUUUCUAACCACCUUGCUCACUUGGGAGCAAAAAUGGAACUAAAGAACUUGCUAAGGAGAAGAGGUCUGUGAAAGCUAGACUUAGUUCCAUAACUCAUUCUCCCUACAUAAGUAAAAGUGAAAUAAAAAGAAGGCAGAAUUCUUGAACAUGAUCGAAAGCCACCGACUUAGGAUAUCAGCAGGCCAUGACCCAGAUGCUAAAUAACCACCACCCUUUCCGGUUUAGAGAGGAGAUAGAAGGGAGAGAGAAGAAGUAUGGAGUGUUUGGCCUUAGCCACAGCUGUUGUGUUUGAGAACAUUGCUGUAUAAAAUCCUGCUAUAAGACUUCUGAUGUAGAAAAUUGUAAUUAAGUUCAUUCUACUUUUAACACAAAAUACAGAGUUCUGUGUAAAAAAUACUGCCUAAAUGACCAAUUUAGUUCAAAGACAUCCCAAGUGGGAGUGAUUAGCAAUUCUUGCGUUGUGCCUGGCACCAAUUCUGUUGUUCAGUUUACAUGAGAUGAGAGAAAGUACCUAUCUCCUCUGUGUUGGCCUUCCCCUCUGGAACAUAUGUUCUAAUCACAAACUGAAAGUGUCUUAAGUGUUCAAAAUUUCAUCUGCCAAAACUGAUCGAAAGGUUACCUGGGGUUGGGAGAGACUAUAUAUUAUUUAUCUGAAUAUUGCAAAUCAUGUUUUCUUUGUGUUUUUAUUUCUAGCCAGCAUCAAAUUAGACAAACUGUUAUCUUCAUACUUUCUAAACAACCUAAAUGACCUUUUAUAAAUGGAAGAAAUCUUAACCCUCCACUAAUCCAAGCCCUCAUUUUAGAAUUCCACAGAACCUAUCCUUAGAGAGGUAAAGUACCUAAUAGCCAGAGUACUAGUUUUGGCCUUCCCUUGGUGUCUUUGGGAUUGAUUCCAAGAUCCCUAGCAAAUACCAAAAUCCUUCGGUACUCAAGUCUUUGAUAUAAAAUGGGUAUUUAUCACUGAUGUCAUUCUCCCAUAUACCUUAUGUACCCAACACUCAGCCCUUGGCCCUCAUGCAACCCUGGGCAGCUAGAUCAUAAACUGUGAUUAUUAUGUGAUGUUUAGUGAUAUGAAUGGCCGUGUAGGGGAGGGUGCAAUCCAGUGCUCACUUUACUUUCUAAGUUCAUCACACACAGUCGAAUGGAAACCAAUAUAUGUCAGAUGUUACAUGCACUUGUGUGACCUGGUGAGUAAAAUUCAGUGACUACUGAUAAUAGUA